AUGUCUGGUUUGGAAGAAAAUGUACCUGUUCCGGUAAAAUUUACGUUUGCUCGACGUUACGGCUUUUAUCUGUUCCAGUCCUAUUUUCCCACAUCACUGACCGUCAUCAGCUCAUGGGUCGGAUUUUUUUUCGAUGUACGAUCUGUUUCUGCAAGGAUAACUUUGGGUGUUUCGUCACUACUGGCACUGACAUUUCAGUUCGGUAACGUUUUGCGUCAUCUACCUCGCGUCAGCUACAUCAAAAUGGGAGCGCGAGAGGCAGAUCGGUUCAAAAGUUCUCGGUCAUUGGCUCAAUCAAAUAAGGUUGGUGAGAAAAUUUGA